GAGUGGAGGGACGCGGCGGUGCCUUGCAGCUGGAGGAGGGAUGCGGCAGCAGCAGCGGCGGCGGCGGCGGCGGCGGAGGGGCGCUCGACGAGAUGAACGAUUAACAAUUGCUCGAUCGCAGUCGGCCGGAUUCGAAGUGCGAGUUUAGCCGCGGACGCGGCGGGGGCGGAAUGCGCUGCGUCCGCGCGCGCGCGCCAUCCGAGCCCGGAGCCUGCACGGUGAGCUGCGGCGGCUCGUAGAUGGCUCCGGGGCUCCGGGUCCAAAACAGGUGUCCGGCGGGAAGUGUCGUCAGGGUGAGGGGGGGGGAGGGGGAGCGGGAGCGGGGGGCAACCGCGUCCGAGGCCGCCAAGAUGGCAGCCAAGUCCGACGGCCGCGGGGUCGUCAGCGGUUUCGCCCAGCUGCGCGACCUGGACGAGGCGGUGGGCGCCGCGGACGAGGGCCCCGACGGCGGCAGCUCCUUCCACAUCUGCCACUGCUGCAACAGCUCGUCGUGCUACUGGGGCUGCCGCAGCGCCUGCCUGCGCUACCUGCGGGCCGGCCGCGGCCGCGGGCGCGGGCGCGGGCAGGCGGCGCGAUCGCCGCGCGACGAGCCGCGCCUGUGGCUGGACUGCCUGUGGAUCGUGGCGGCGCUGCUGGUCUUCUUCUGGGACGUGGGCAGCGACGUGUGGCUCGCCGCGCACUACUACCGCGGCCGGGACUUCCUGUGGUCGGCCGUGACGCUCUUCUUCGUGCUGGUGCCCUCGGUGCUGGUGCAGAUCCUCAGCUUCAGGUGGUUCGUGCAGGACUACGCGGAGGGCGCGCUGGGCUCGGUGCGGGGGCUGAGCAGCCGCCGAGCCGCCGGCCUGCGCCGGGACCGGUGCUGCCGAACGUCCGUGUGGCUCUGGCAGAGCGCGCUGCACGUCUUCCAGAUGGGACAGGUGUGGAGGUACAUCCGCACCAUGUACUUGGGCGUCCAAAGCCACCGGCAGAAGGAGAACCGGCGGCGCUUCUACUGGGCCAUGAUGUACGAGUACGCCGACGUCAACAUGCUGCGACUGCUGGAGACCUUCCUGGAGAGCGCCCCCCAGCUGGUGCUGCAGCUCUGCAUCAUGAUCCAGAGCAACAAGGCCGAGUGGCAGCAGUGUUCUUCGGUCUUGUCCUCCCUCCUGUCCUUGGCCUGGGUGCUAGCGUCCUACCACAAACUCCUACGCGACUCCCGCGACGACACGAAGAGCAUGAGCUACCGCGGCGCUCUGGUGCACCUCUUCUGGCGUCUCUUCACCAUCUCCUCACGGGUGCUCUCCUUUGCCCUGUUUGCCUCCGUUUUCCACAUCUACUUUGGCAUUUUCGUGGUGCUCCACUGGUGCGCCAUGGCUUUCUGGGUCAUCCACGGUGGCACCGACUUCUGCAUGUCCAAGUGGGAGGAGGUGCUGUUCAACAUGGUGGUGGGGGUGGUCUACGUCUUCUGCUGGUUCAACGUGCAGGAAGGGCGGACCCGCUUCCGAAUGGCGGUCUAUUACACCGUGGUACUGUUAGAGAACGCCACCCUCAGCGGGCUCUGGUACGCGUACCGGGACCCAGCCACCACUGACGCCUACGCCUCUUAUGCCCUCUGCGGAGUCUUCCUGUGCUUUGCCUCAGGUGUAGCCUGCAUGGUCCUCUACUACGGGGUCCUGCACCCCAAGGGCCCCCGGCUGAGGGUCCUGGCGAGCUCCUGUUGCGCCGAACUGCUUUGGGGGCUGCCGUUACCCCCCGAGGCCGAGCCCAUGGCACCCACGCCGGGCCCGCGGGGCUCCCAAGCGACACCCACGCGGGCCACGGCGGGGGAGCACGCGGAGUCCGACGAAACCGCCACGGACUCCUGCCUUCCGGUUUUCCAGGUGAGGUCGACGGAGCCGGUGGAUGCGUCCGGCCGACCCGUCCGACCUGAGGGUCCCCUCAUCAAAAUAGACAUGCCCAGGAAACGCUACCCAGCCUGGGAUGCGCACUUUGUAGAUCGGCGCCUGCGCAGGACCAUCAGUGUGCUGCAGUACGUGAGUCCUCACGCAGUGGGCAUCAGGUACAGGGAUGGCCCCCUCCUCUACGAACUCCUGCAGUACGAGUCGUCGUUCUGAAGGGCGGUCCCGCGGACGCUCAUCCCUCUCGUCCUCCUCCGCUCCUCAGCAGUCAGUGCGUCGUGGUGAGAUCUGACAGUCGUGGUUUAUUUUUGGAGAAACAAAAAACAACAACACAGAGAGAAUAUUACAAACCUCCAGUAUCUUUAUACAUGAAAAAUCGCUCUACAGCUGUGUAUGAGUGUAA